UUGUGGCGAGAGAAAAUUAGAACGAAAACUAUAAAAAUAUCGAAAAACAAGCUCGUCAGCCUGCGACAGACUGCUCCAGUGCUAGCUGUUUAGUGCUUCCGUGGUCAUAUAUUGAGCCUGCCAUUGCAGGGGUGUUUGAAGCCAGUUAAGUAUGAAUUCUUUUUAAUAGUCUCUGGCGGAUUGCGAUUGUACGAGAACAACAGACGAAUUCCAAACAAGAAAAAUGGGCCUGUUUGCUAGCAGACAGAAUGCCACGGUCGAGGAGACGGACGUGAGCCUGAACCAUCUGUACAAGUAUCCACCUCGAACGGGCAAUUACUUUGGAACACAUUUCAUAAUGGGUGGAGAGAGGUUCGAUACGCCUCAACCGGAAGCUUACCUGUUCGGAGAGAACGCUGAUCUGAAUUUUCUCGGUUCCAAACCUACACCAUUCCCCUAUCCACCGCCCCAGGCAACGGAGCCAACGAAAACCCUUAAAAGUCUCGUCAACAUUCGCAAGGAGUCGGUACGCUUUGUGAAGGUGUCGGAAGGUGGCUCCAAUGGGAACAAACUGUCCAACACUGCCCUGACCAUUGCCAACGGUGAUCCCGCGGGGAAGGGCCACUCAGCACCGGCCAUCAACAAUGGCAACGGCAUCAGCAAUGGCUACAACAUCGAGUUCGUGUUCGAUGCCGACCACGCUUGUCUUAUUACGAUCUACUACUUCUGCAUUGAGGACAUCGGGGCGGGCGGGUUGAACUACAUCUCGCGCGACUCCUCCAUGACCUCGGAGACGUUCCACUUCCAGCGCGGCGUGAACCAGGUGUUCUCGGCGCCCCAUCACAUCAUCUAUCCCGCACUGUACGCGGAGGAUGAUCUCUCAUAUAACCCCGAGAAAGACACGUUCCCCGUCGUCAUACACUGCGUGGUGGGAGAUGGAGGAUCAACGGCCACAACAGCACCGACCGGUGCGGAUGUAAGCGAAGCUAACGCGAGCCGCCAAUCGCACGCCACGAUCUGCGUUAUCGAUCACCACUCCGAUGGCACGUACGCGUUGCGAGCGCUGAAGCAGAAAAUUUUCGUUGACGGGCUGUACUAUCUGCUGCAGGAGAUCUAUGGCAUCGAGAACAAGCUGACCAGCAAAUCCAUCACGGACGAAGAGACGGAAGACAAUGGAAGCGAGUGCGUCAUCUGCAUGUGUGACACGCGCGACACACUCAUCCUGCCUUGCCGUCAUCUGUGCCUGUGCAACUCGUGCGCCGAUUCCCUGCGCUACCAAGCGAACAAUUGCCCGAUCUGUAGAGCGCCGUUCCGGGCGUUGCUGCAGAUACGGGCGGUGCAGAAGGAUACUGGGAAUGGAUUGCCGUGCGGGGGUGCCCCGGCUGGACAAAAUUCGACUGAUGGUGCUGAUAACAUUCCUGCCGGUUAUAAAACCAUAUCACUCAUCGAGGCGCUCAACGGACCGACCGUUUCUUCGAAGGCAAUUACAAGCGGUAACGAUGCGACUGCACCGACAGACACCGGAAGCGACAAUAAUCGGAGCACCGAAAACGGCUAUGGAUUCCGCAGCAAAAUGACUAAAUCGUCUACUGACCACAGUAGCAAUGGCGAGCUAGCAAAUGGAAGCAUCGUCUCGGAGAAAUCACCCGCCGACAUACGAAUGCAUCUGUUGGCUGCCGAUGGUGACGGUGGCUCACCGGGCGACGGUAGCGAAACCAUUGGCGGCGGUGUCACCAAUCCGACCGUGUCGACCAAGAAGGAGCUUCUCUCGAAACACUCCCCACUGCUGCAGCGGGCUCCCGUCAGCAAGGACAAAAAUCCGCGUGAGAAAGGAAGCCUCCAUCGCAUCGGAGCCAACGCGAACGGCGGCGCCGGGGGACCGAAUGGGCCGGGCAAAUCGAAGUCGGGCGGAGAAAAAUCAAUCGCCUUCCAGCUGGUGCAUGAAAAGCCCGUGGCGACGGCAGCGGGUGGUGGUGGUAAUGUUGGUGUACCUCCGCUUGGUCUUACCGUUGGGUUGCCAAAAUCUGCCGACACGAAGGUGACAACCGAUCCGAACGAAAACGACGACGACAGCGAUGGGGAGAAACUAUCGCCCUUGCUUCGGAAGAGUGCCGAGAGCUACGAUUCGAAAAAGUCUCCUCACGGGGACAGUGCGAUGAAGAAAUUGCUGACCGGUGGUGGAAUCGGAUCGGGUGCUGGCAGUGAGAUGAAAACAUCCCCUUCAACAGUCAUCACCGAGCUGCUAAAGGGAGCCAUCAUCGGGAAUGACGAUAUCGGCGGGAAUGGUGUGGUCGUCACAGGAGGGGGCAGAGCAGGAGUGGGUGGUGUUGGUGGUAGCAUCAUCACAAUCGUAGCAGACGAUUCCGAGGAUUACUACACGCCGGAAGAUCCACCGGCAACGAGCCCGUUGAAAUCGAUCGACGACGACGACGAGCUGCCAAAGCUGGCAGUGGAACCCGACGUUGGCCGGAAGCUGCUCUCGGGUAGUGUCGGUGUGCCGAUGCCAUUAUUGACCACCUCCUCUCCAACGUCAGCCCCAGCGCCAGCUCCACCGUCGGCACUGUCCGUGCUGAAGGAAGAAUUCUCGCAGGGUUCGCUACCGGACAGUCCGAUUAGUGGCAACUCUCAGACUUCCACCCGUAGUUCGAGCGAUAGCUACUCGUCUAGCUCCAGCACCCGACAGCUUCUGUCAUCCGGCGCGGUAGCUAACGACACACCGACCCACGUGCUGAACUCAGGCGACUCCACUACCAACGGCCACAGCGGGGCAUCCAAGAGCAUCGAGUGUAGCAUUGAGAGUGAUUAGUCACCUAUUAACGAGAUUUUUUUUACAGCCUGAUGCUUUUACACCAUCCUUCAGGGCCGGUAGGAGCGAUGGCUGAUUGACGAAUUCUGCAACUGUUUGGCAAUUUCCAGGUGUCGGCACCGAUGAGCCCAACCACUACUCCCAGGGUGGUUUACCCACGCCGUCAUACUCUCAUUAUUUAAAUUAUCAGCCAGUCAGGCGGCAUCGGUUCCGAUUUACUGAUCUAGUUCCGCGAGGCUUAUGGUAGGAGGUUUUUGCUAAACUUCCUAUGGUAAAUUUUCUUCUGCGGCUAAUCCAACUAGAUAAAAACAUGAUCAAUACGUUUAGCAUAAGUGUGGAAGUUCACGUAAAAUUAUUAAAAAUAAAACAAUAUUUUCAUAAUCGAUCAAUCGCGGUACUUCGCAGUGUACAGAGAGUACCGU